UCCCCGCUGCCUUCCUUUGCCUUCCCAGGAGGCUCUGGAAAAAGCCAAUCAGUGUGGGUAUGGGGCUGGAUAGUUUCCAAACUGACCCACUUGUGGGGCAGAAAUCAAUUUAAUAGCUCAAGACCUGUUCUUAAAGAAAUGAAACGGAAGAGACAAUACUAGUGUGAAAAACAAGCAUCAGGGUCCGCCUACCACCAGUGAUGUCUAGAUCCUGAUACCUUUGCAUCACCUUCUAUAAACAAGAUGGCAGGAGAGAGAUUGGCUCCAUCUCCAAGCCUGUGAGGAGUAAGGAUCCUUCUGGCCCAAAGAUGGGGAACAUCACUACAGAAAACUCCUCACUCUCUUGCCCCAUCGACCACACCAUCCACCAGACACUGGCCCCAGUGGUCUAUGUGACUGUGCUGGUGGUGGGCUUCCCGGCCAACUGCCUAUCCCUCUACUUCGGCUACUUGCAGAUCAAGGCCCGGAACGAGCUGGGGGUGUACCUGUGUAACCUGACCAUUGCGGACCUGUUCUACAUCUGUUCACUCCCCUUCUGGCUGCAGUAUGUACUCCAGCAUGACAACUGGUCCCACGGUGACCUAUCCUGCCAGGUGUGUGGCAUCCUCCUCUAUGAGAACAUUUACAUCAGUGUGGGCUUCCUGUGCUGCAUCUCCAUCGACCGCUACCUGGCUGUGGCCCACCCCUUCCGCUUCCACCAGUUCCGCACCCUGAAGGCAGCCGUGGGUGUCAGUGUGCUCAUCUGGGCCAAGGAGCUGCUGACCAGCAUCUACUUCCUCAAGCACAAAGAGGUCAUUGAGGACGAGGACAAGCACCGAGUCUGCUUUGAGCACUACCCUAUCCAGGCCUGGCAGCGUGGCAUCAACUACUACCGCUUCCUGGUGGGCUUUCUCUUCCCCAUCUGCCUGCUGCUGGCCUCCUACCAGGGCAUCCUCCGCGCUGUGCGCCGCAGCCACGGCACACAGAAGAGCCGCAAGGACCAGAUUCAGCGGUUGGUGCUCAGCACCGUGGUCAUCUUCCUGGCUUGCUUCCUGCCUUACCACGUGCUGCUGCUGGUACGCAGCCUCUGGGAGAGCAGCUGUGAGUUUGCCAAGAGCAUCUUCAACAUCUAUCACUUCUCCCUCCUCCUCACCAGCUUCAACUGUGUAGCUGACCCGGUGCUGUACUGCUUUGUCAGCGAGACCACUCACAGGGACCUAGCCCGCCUCCGAGGAGCCUGCCUAGCCUUCCUUACCUGCUCUAGGACAAGCAGGGCCAGGGAGGCCUACCCUCUGGGUGCCCCUGAGGCCUCUGGGAAAAGUGGGGCCCAGGGCGAGGAACCUGAAUUGUUAACCAAGCUCCACUCGGCCUUCCAAACCCCUAAUUCACUGGGAGUGGGAGGGCCCUCCACAGUUGGGUUGGCCUAGCUUGAGUCACAGUAUGUGAGGCUAAGUUAGGUCUGCGCUUUUACCAACAGGCCUUGUGGUCUGGAGCUUGCAUGGUGGCUGUCUCCCACUUUGCCAUGUACAGGUGCCUCUCUCCUCAGGAAGGAACCAUGGUCUUCAGCCACAGCCAGGUCCCUCUGGCCCCCAGAAGCCUGCUCUGUGUGCUGAGCCUGGGCACUGCUGAGUGUGUGAAAAAGCCCUGUCUUCUCCCAUGUUCUUGGCGGCCACCUGGGCUACAGAUGGGAGGGAGUCAGAAUUGCCACUUCCAGAAGAACAGCAGGCCUGGGGUGUGGAGAGGAGUGUAGGAACCUGCCUGUUUACCUGCCAAGCCUUCCGGUGCCCCUGCUGUCACAGAUGAUACCAACCCAAAUGUGCUGUGGUCUUGUGUGACACAGGAAGCUGUUUCGUCACCAUCAGUACUUGAACUUGCCUCUUAAACUAGUCUAGAUGAGAAGGCUGGUUAAGGUGAAGAACAGGGGCGGGGUUGGGUCACCAAUAUUGGUGACCAGGGAUAACAGCAGAGAGGCAGUCAGGGAGGAAGCCCCAGCACUAGACAUAUCCCAUUUUACAGGGCUCGUGGAACAGAUUUCCCAACCCCAAGGGCUUAUGGCAAAUAAACCCCAGGGCUCCCUGGAGAGAUGCCAGGGGCCGUUCAAAAUGUCAUAGUAAAGCUUAGUAAGAAGAUGUAGGCCCAAAGCUGUGUCCCUAGCCAAGUGCCUGGCACAGGCUUUUCCUAAUUCGCUUUUUGUGUCCAUCUGGUCAAAGUGCCAGACCCGAGAGCUUAAGGGAAAAGAGAGAGGGAGAAUAUAAAAACGGUUGGGUGUCCAUGGCAACUGUGUGCCAGGGUCAUGUUACUGCUGUCAGUAACUCCUACCCUUCUCCCCACGCACCAUAGAGCAUCCAGCAGCCUUUGAGAGGAGUAUGACAGUUUCCCAAAGUUCCUAGGUACAAUAAACUAACAACACACACACAUACACACACACACACACACACACGAUCAUGUCUCCUGCACAGGUUUGGCUCAAGCUCCAAUUUGGUAUAGGAGAGUUAGCAGAGAUGGCUGCAUGCCAGAAAGACCUACACCUACCCCAGCCUGGGUCCGAAUGGGGCCAUGGUGAUAGCUAAGUGUUCUGUGCCUCUUCAUCCCACAGUAUUUCCCCAUUUCACCUGAAAUUCUGGAUUCCCACUGGCUUCGAGUGUUUUUGUAUUGUCUUCUCUCUAAUGCCAAGUAUCCCUGUGUUGGACUGUGAGGUGGGUUUAUGUAGUGACUUCAGUCUGCAAAUAAAACAAAGUAAGCAUCAUA